CCAACAUCGUGCGGAUUGAUCGCGUUUACGCUGCAGUAUAAAAGCAGACGGAUUUCCCAGGACUUUUCCCAGCAAGCAAUUGAGCCUAUCUGGACUUUCCAAACCCCUCGAGCUUGACUGGUAGAUCAUCCGACACCAUGCCGUCAGAUUCACCACUUGCAAUGCUUAAACAGCCUCUCUCUAUCCGACCAGACCAUGUAGCCUCACGUCCCACUUCCAUGGUCGUCAAACAACACACCAAAACCUGGACUGGUGGCGACUUCACCAUAUCCACUCGAUCGGAAGAAGAUAGUUCUGUUUUGGAAACGCUAUUCACCGUGGAUGGGGAGGUCGCAUCCUUUUCUCAGCGACGACACGUUCGCGACGCAUCGGGUCUUCCUAUUUUCGAGAUUCGUCGCAAACGAGCCGGAGUGACUUGGUUCGUACAUCUUCCAGGGGACAGCGACAGCGAAGACGCCAAGCCCCUCGCCACUAUCGCACCGAGAUUACACCCGCUCAAGGACAAGUUCGACGUGCAUUUCAAGAAUGCCAGCGCGAACGGCGAGGACACGGUGCUCGAGGUCCGCGGGCAGGACAUCUGGAAGUACAGAACGAAUGUCUAUCAUAACGGGACAUUGGUGAUGGUGGCCAAGUUGACCGAUAUGGUGUCCGUGUAUUUGCCGAUCAAGCGGCCGAAAUGGGACUUGGAGGUCGCAGAGGGAUUUGAUCUGUCUCUGGCAUCUACAAUCGGAAUCAUCUUAGCAGCCCUGCUAUAUCAGAGCAUGAUGCACUCGAGAAGUGCCCCGAGUCCUGGUGGCAAUGAUCCCGGCGAGGGGAGCAGUGGAAAGCAGUGAUUUUGCGUACUUCCAGUUGUCUGCUGCAGGUGUCAGCAGAAAUUCCUUGGAUUCUUUCUAAUGUUUAUGUUAUUACCCACUUUUCUUUUCAAUCCAAACGAUGAAGCUUUUUUUCCGGAGCAUAUUUUUAAUUUAGUAUGGUAAUAGCGCCA